GCGACAGCUAUCCCUGACCUCACUUCCGCUUGUGCAGCAGCCAUUUUGUCUUUCCGUUGAUCCUGCUGCCCGAGCUUCUUCCUCCCACCCGUCGCCGCGGACCGCGAAACUCCAGUUCCACCCCCUGGGGCCUGACUCUAGUCUAGACCCGACGGCUUGCUUUUACCCCACCAGGCAACUUGCUUUCCCCCCGACCACUCUCGCCGCCACCCCCCUGCUCCCCGUUCUUGCUUUUCCCACCCAGCCACCCCGGUCCCGUCUCCUUCGUGGCAACCUGUGACAGGAGACGCUUCCCCCACCCCAACCUCCCCGUCCGCCUUCGCCUCCCUCAGAAGGCUCGGCUGUCCCGAUCCUCCCUCCGCCGCCGUGGGGGCUAGAGAAAGAAGCGAGCCUCGGGAAAGCGAGUGAGGAGGAGGAGGAGGGCAAGGUCCGGGCCGGCGGGCGUCCCUCCCUCGCGCGCCCGGCCAUGUCGAGCGAGGAGAGCUACCUGGCCAUCCUGCGCUACCUGACCAACGAGCGCGAGCCUUACGCGCCGGGCACCGAGGGCAACGCCAAGCGCAAGAUCCGCAAGGCGGCCGCCUGCUACGUGGUGCGCGGCGGGACCCUCUACUACCAGCGCCGGCAGCGGGACCAGCAGCGCUUCGCCGAGCUCGAGGUGGUGCUGCAGGCCGAGCGACGCGCCCGGCUCAUCCGGGCGGCGCACCUGGAGCCCGACGGCGCCCACCGGACGCGCCUGCAGACCUGGCAGCGCCUCUCCAAGCGCUACUGGUGGCGAGGUAUUCUGAAGCAAGUUAAAGAUUAUAUUAAGGAAUGUAGCAAAUGCCAGGAAAAAUUGGAUCGUUCCAGAUCUUUGUCUGAUCCUUCUGAAAUGCUGGAAGAACUAGGUUUAGACACAAUAUCUCACGAAGAUAGUAAUGAAACAGAUGAUGAAUUAAGUAACUCAGCGUCGCUUCCAGCAGCUUUGCCAAAACCUGUGAAAAAGAAGCCAAUAGCCAAACAUGAGCUUGUUUUUGUUGAUAGUAAAGGUCUUGUGAAACAAACUUCUCCAAAGCACUCUCUGUCAGUCUUAAACCAACUGAAUCAGCAGCGGCUUUCCAGUCAGUUUUGUGAUGUUACUUUGCUUAUUGAAGGUGAAGUGCACAAAGCACACAAAUCUAUAUUGGCAGCCAAUAGUGAGUACUUCAGAGAACUUUUCAUCGAAAAAGGAGCUAUUUCCAGUCAUGAAGCUGUGGUGGAUCUUUCAGGCUUUCGCAAGGCCAGCUUCCUCCCUUUGCUAGAAUUUGCUUAUACCUCUGAGCUGACGUUUGAUUUCUGCAAUAUGGCAGCAGUAGCUGAGCUGGCCCAACAUCUCGUCAUGACAGAAGUCCUGGAAAUCUGCGAAAAUGUGCACAAGCAAAUGGAAGAUAAGCAAAUCACAGUGUACCAAAAAGGAGAUGUUCAGAUAGUCGAGGUAGCGCAAACUCUUUUAGAGCAGAAUGAAAGUGAGGUAGCUCAGAAUCUUUCUGAGCAGAACGAAAGCCCAUUGAACCCAGCAGACAGUGUGGAGCAGCCUUUACCUACAGAAGAUGCUGUAGCAACUGUGAAUGGAACAUGUUCGAGUACUGAUGUGGAAGAAAUGGCUACGCCUGAGGCUGCACCGCAAACUGCUUCAGAGCCUCUCGUGGACAAUCCUCCAGAGCCUCUGGUGCAAUCUACUUGUGUAGAAAUGACCGAAACUGAAGAAAAAACCGAAAUUGUAGAAUGUACCACAAGUCAGACUGUUUCUGUAGUGCAGUCAGAGCCUCCAGCAGCAGAACAAGUCAUUAUCAGCACUCGGGCAGAAAGCGAUACCGAUCAGAACGAUGGAAGUGAACAAAACAUGAUCAGUGAAGCAAAUGCAGAUGCUGCCUCUGAAGAUAAUCGGGAAGGACUUAAGCGAAAACGUGGCAGGCCAUGUAAAAUGCAGAGCACUCCUCAGUCUCAGUCAGAGACCUCAGUUUCCGGUCAAGAUGACACCUACAAAAGCAAGCUACGUCAGCGUUCUGUGAGUGAGGGAGGCUAUAUCAAGUUGCACAAGGGCAUUGAGAAAAAACUACAAAAUAGAAAGCCGGCAGCCAAAUCAGCCAUUCAGCAGGUUGCCAUGAAGCUAGUGCAAAGAGGCAAGAAGAUGAAGCAGCCCAAGAGAGACACUUCAGAGCACAGUGAGACAGAAGCUCAGCACAAAUGUGGUGAAUGUGGAAUGGUUUUUCAGAGGCGUUAUGCUCUCAUAAUGCACACGCUGAAGCAUGAAAGGACAAAGAAUUUUAAAUGUCCACUGUGCAAAAAAGAGUUUCAGUAUGGUGCCUCUCUGCGAGCCCACCUUGUUCGCCAUACCCGAAAAAACGAAGUGACUGUUGCAACUGCCAGUAUAGAGGAGAGUGGUGCAGCUAUGAAGGGCAGAACUAAACGGGAGUUUAUCUGUGAUAUAUGUGGAAGAAGUUUGCCUAAACUCUACUCUCUGAGAAUCCAUAUGUUGAAACAUACAGGUGUAAAGCCACAUGCAUGUAAGAUUUGUGGAAAGUCGUUUACUUACAAACACGGUUUAAAGAUGCACCUCGCGCUCCAUGAGGCACAGAAGCAGUUUAAAUGUGAAUUGUGUGAUAAGUCUUUUGUCACAAAAAGAAGUCUUCAGGAGCAUAUAAGCAUUCACACAGGAGAAUCAAAAUACUUUUGUUCACACUGUGGAAAGUCUUUCCAUAGAGCUUCGGGACUUAGCAAGCAUCUAAAGAAACACCAGCCAAAACCUGAAAUUCGGGGAUAUCAGUGUACUCAAUGUGAGAAAAGUUUCUAUGAACCCCGAGAUCUCCGACAGCACAUGAACAAGCAUCUUGGGGUGAAACCAUUCCAGUGCCAAUCCUGUGGAAAGUGCUAUAGUUGGAAAAAAGAUUGGUAUUCUCAUGUGAAGUCCCAUUCUGUUACUGAGCCUUACAGGUGCAAUGUGUGUGGCAAAGAAUUCUAUGAGAAAGCUUUGUACAGAAGGCAUGUCAAGAAAGCAACUCAUGGGAAAAAAGGAAGAGCAAAGCAAAAUUUGGAACGUAUUUGUGAGCACUGUGGGAGAAAAUUCACCCAGCUUCGGGAGUACAGAAGACACAUGAACAACCAUGAGGGUGUUAAACCCUUUGAAUGUCUGACCUGUGGAGUGGCUUGGGCUGAUGCACGUUCUUUAAAGCGCCAUGUACGGUCACACACUGGAGAGAGGCCUUAUGUUUGUCCAGUAUGCAAUGAAGCCUACAUAGAUGCCCGCACCUUAAGGAAGCACAUGACCAAGUUCCACCGGGAUUAUGUACCUUGUAAAAUUAUGCUGGAAAAGGACACACUUCAGUUUCAUAAUCAGGGAACCCAAGUAGAACAUGCCAUCAGCAUUCUAACAUCUGAUGUGCCAGAACAAGAAACAGAGGUUUGCAGUGAAGAGAUUGAAACAGUAGUAGUGACUGAAGAAACACUGGAAACAGGUGCAACUGCUGAAGACUGUACAACAGUUUCCACACUUUCUGACCAAAGUAUCAUGCAGGUUGUCAAUUAUGUGUUGGCACAACAAGGACAGAAAAUGACUGAGGUCACAGAAGCCAUUCAAACUGUAGAAGUGGAGGUAGAACAUGUUUCUGAUCCAGACUGAAUACAAAAGUUCACGAAUAAGGAAGGUGACCUGGGUGAAGCGGCAUGCAAUUAUCAAAGUAUUAACCAUCGUACUGGUUGGAUUUUUACAGUAAUAGCUCCAGAACACUGCUCAGAGUUUCUUGAAUGUGUAAUACCAACCUCUGUAAUAAAACGCAAAAUCAAAGACUUUCCAUAUAAGCCAUGGACAUGUACUAAGACUACUGAUCAGUUGUAAGCACUUAGUAAAAUCUCAAAAAUAAAGUCAUUGGUGUGGUAGUGUUAGGUAUUUUGUAGUUUUUGUUUUCCCCUCUGCAGUUUGCUUUUACAGUGGUACCAUGGGUUAAGAACUUAAUUCAUUCUGGAGGUCCACUUUAGCUAAUGGGGCUAAGUUCUUAACCCGAGGUACUAUUUCUGGGUUAGCGGAGUCUGUAACCUGAAGCGUCUGUAACCAGAGGUACCACUGUAUACUGCUGUUUUGGCUUUGUUGGGCAGUUUGGUAUGCUGCGGAGUUGUGCCAGUCACUUAAAAACUCAGCUAUGUUUGAAGUUCACUGAAAAGCAGGAUAGGAGUUUGAUCUGCAAGUUUACCUAUGAACCUGUUAUCGAUAUAGAUGAAUAUUCUGAUCAUGGGAAGGACUGAGGCGGUGAGUUGUACUCCAGUGUGUAUGUUGGGGCAAAUCUCUGCUGCGUUGUACAUUCCUGCACUUUUUCAGUUUUGUCUCUUGCAUAACCUGUAAAAGUACUUUUAAGAUUGCAUGUCCUACAACUAGCAAACAUAUUUGUAUACUUUAUAUAUAUAUGCUGGUGCAAUUAUGCUUCAUUAAGAGCAGUGUAAACAAAGAAAAACUAAGGAAUGUGCUGUGUA